CCUAAAAAGAAUACCCAUUUAGGGCAAAAGCGAUGCAGCAGGGGGAGGGCGUGGAGACGGAGGUGACAUGGGAGGAUCAGCAGAACAUCAACGCGUUUGGGCGACUCAACGCCAAGUUCCACGACCUCGAGGACGAGAUCAAGGCGAAAAAGGAGCUGGCGGAGAAUCUCGAGGACGCCAGCAACGAGCUGGUGCUGAGCGACGAGGAGGUUGUGCGCUACCAGAUUGGCGAGGUGUUUGGGCACCUGAGCAAGGAGGAGAUUGAGAGCAAGCUCGAGUGCCUCAAGGAGGAGAGCGAUCGAGAGCUGGGGAGGCUGGCGGAGGAGAAGGACGAGGUUGUGUCCAAGAUGAACGAGCUCAAGCGGGUGCUCUACGCCAAGUUCAAGGACUCCAUAAACCUCGAGGAAGAAUGAGAGUUCCCAGAUUCUAGCUCUAGCUUGACACUUAUUAUCUGUGAGAGAAACGAGAGGGAAACGAUUUAUUAGAUCAAGCCGUGUGUGUAAACAUACCCAUCAAGCGUAAGGGGGAUCCAUCAUCGUCCACUCAAA